GACGUUGUUGUUGUAAGUGGUGGAGAAAUUACUUUGUCGGUGGUGGUCCGGUGUAGGAUUUUACGUUUGCUUCCACCUUUGAAGAUGUUUAAAAGUUAGGAAUUGUUGGCGUUGGAAACCUAACUGAUAUCCGCAAGUCGCUACGCAGUGUAAAAGUUAAUGGGACGAUGAAAACAUCUGCGACGCCGUUCACGGUGUGGUUGUCGGUGUAAACGGAGCUCCAGGACCCCCCCCCUCCCCUCCCUCACCGUCCCUCUUCACUGGGUUUGUUAUUUAUUUCUUCACCCUGACGAUACCCGCCAACUUGUGAAUUCAUGAUCACAUGACCGUGGAUAUGGACGCGGUCCUGUCCGACUUUGUCCGUUCCACUGGAGCUGAACCAGGAUUGGCCAGAGACCUGCUGGAGGGCAAGAACUGGGAUAUCACAGCUGCCCUCAGCGACUUUGAGCAGCUACGACAGGUGCAUGCUGGGAACCUGACGUAUUCCUUUGCAGAGGAGAGGUCGUAUUUGCCUCCUGAAAAGGAGAUGGCCCGAGUGGGACGACCUGUUCUCCAGCGCCAAGACGAGGUGGUGCAAGCGGCUACAGAGAAGCGCCUCUCUCGGGGUAUUUCCCACGCCAGUUCCACCAUCGUGUCCCUGGCCCGUUCCCACGUUUCCAGUACUGGAGGCAGUAGCAGCGAGCUCCUCCUGGACACGCCCCUCUGCACCUUCCAGCUCCCAGACCUCACCGUUUACCGCGACGACUUCCGCGGCUUCAUCGAGAGAGAUCUGAUUGAGCAGUCCAUGAUGGUGGCACUGGAGCACGCUGGGCGGCUGAACUGGUGGACUAAGGUGGUUCCAAACUGUCAGAAUCUUCUGCCUCUGGCGACCAGCGGCGAUGGAAACUGUCUGUUACACGCUGCCUCUCUGGGUAUGUGGGGUUUUCACGACCGGGACCUGAUGCUGAGGAAGUCCCUGUAUGCCCUGAUGGAUCAUGGGAUGGAGAGGGAAGCACUGAGGCGUCGGUGGAGGUGGCAGCAGACCCAGCAGAACAAGGAGUCUGGGCUGGUGUACACUGAGGAGGAGUGGCAGAAAGAGUGGAAUGAACUGUUAAAGCUGGCGUCCAGUGAGCCCAGAAUCCACUACAGCACCAACGGCAGCAGUGGGGCCGAGUCGUCAGAUGAACCCGUUUAUGAAAGUUUAGAGGAGUUCCACGUGUUUGUGUUGGCCCACGUCCUCAGGAGACCCAUCGUCGUAGUCGCUGACACCAUGUUACGAGACUCUGGAGGAGAAGCCUUUGCUCCCAUUCCCUUCGGAGGCAUCUACCUACCGCUGGAGGUACCGGCCGCGAAGUGCCAUCGCUCGCCGCUGGUCCUGGCGUACGACCAGGCCCAUUUCUCCGCUCUGGUGUCCAUGGAGCAGAAGGACAACUCCAAAGAGCAAGUGGUCAUCCCUCUCACGGACUCGGAACACAAAAUGCUACCUCUGCACUUCGCCGUGGAUCCGGGGAAGGACUGGGAGUGGGGAAAGGACGACAUGGACAAUGUGAUGCUGGCAAGUGUGGCUCUGUCUUUGGAGGCCAAGCUCCAGAUGUUACACAGCUACAUGACGCUCACCUGGCUGCCGCUGCCCUGUGAGCAGGCGCCUCUGGCCCAGCCUGAGUCUCCAACAGCAUCGGCAGGAGAAGAUGCCCGAACGCCACCGGACUCAGGAGAGUCCGACAAGGAGUCGGUGAGCAGCAGUUCCAACGGCAACGGGGAAACCACCACAGCGUCCACCGUCAAUGGAGGGGGGGCCUUGGCCAAGAACAGCUCCUCUUCCUCAUGUAGCUCCUCGAGCAACGGGUCUUCUUCAACAGGGGUCGGCACAGCAGGAAAGGACAAACCCAAGAAGGACAAGGACAAAGACAAGAAGAGGGCCGACUCUGUGGCUAACAAACUUGGCAGCUUCGGCAAGAGUCUGGGCAGCAAGCUGAAGAAGAACGUGGGUGGACUGAUGACAGGGAAGAAUGCUGGGGCUGGAGGCGCCAAGCAGGAGGCCGGGGAGAAAAAGAAGGGCUCGUUUAGGGGGAGGAAAGGCAGCAAGGACAGUUCACCCUCUGCCCACGCCUCAGAGGAUUCUGGGAAAGGCUCCCCCUCCUCAGGCAGUGAGCGUCUGAACGGGACGGGGAGCAGCACGAGCAGCGGCGGCAGCAGCACCGAGGGCGACCCCUACAAGUACAGCGCCGACGUGAAGGUGAGUCUGGGCAUCCUGCGUGCAGCCAUGCAAGGAGAGAGGAAGUUCAUCUUCGCCAGUCUGCUCACUACGAGCAACCGGCAGCCGUUCCAGGAGGAGAUGAUCCAGCGCUACCUCGUCGACGCCGAGGAGCGCUUUAGGGCUGAACAAGAGCAACAGCGGCGAGAUGCAGAGAGGAAGGGCAUCACGAACGGCAUCCAGCCCCCCAAGAAAGACAUGGUAGGUACAGAGCUGAGCUACCGGCCGUACGAGCCCAAAGAGGAGCUGUCAGAAAACUCCCCUCCUUCCUUCAACCACCUCAAGCCCACUCCGUUAAGCCCAUCCAUGUACUCUGGUGUGGUGCCCAUUCCCCGGCCUUCCUUCAUUGAGCAUCCCCCCGCCGCGCCCCCCCUCACUCAGCACCUUCAUAUGCACGGCUACAUGGAUACUCGGCGCCAGCUGGCCGGUGGCUCCCCGGCGACCUCCUACCCUGGCCUCCCCUCGUACGCUACUCUGCCGCGACACUGCCCCACGACGCAGAUUCCACCCCACCCCCAGUACAAUUCCCAAGGCCCCCCCGCCCUGGGCCCCCCCGCCCUGAGCCCCUCCCGCCUGGCCCCUUCGUACCCUCUGGAGUUCGACCCUCCAGACUACCCAGGGGCCCAACCCAUUGCGAGCUACACCAACGGUUUCCGGGACAUGCGCUCCAACAUAGACUGUCGGAGCGGGCCUCCUCCAGUCAGACACUACUCACUGGGCAGCGCCGGUGGUUUGGCCAACCUGCAGUCCACCCGCUGCAGGACACUCGACUGUCCCUACUACGGACAUCCAGAGACGGGAAACUUCUGCUCCUACUGCUACCGGGAAGAGCUGAAGAAGAGGGAGACAGAGCCAGCCAUUCACAGGUUCUGAACGGACCAGGACAUGGUUUGGAAUUUGCCCAGUGGCCUUUUUCAGUUCCAAUAACGGUGAUGGUCGACCUCUGGAACCACAGAUGGGAGAACCAGCUCUUCUACUUUUCAGCUGUGUCACUUCCUGUCGGAGUAGACGGACUCGCAGCGGGAGACUCUGUCAUGUGGAAGCAAGACGUAUUAACUGACGAAACAGUGACUGGAUGAAAAUGCAUUUGAAUUUAAAUUUGGAGCCGUAGUGGAGUGUUGUCGGUCAGAGUGUCCAAGUGCCCGUCAGAUUUCAACUGUAAUGUAAAGUUUUAAGGUGUACCACCUUAAAAGGCAUACCACCUUAAAACAUCCAAUCUGAAGACAGUUGAGCUCUUCUGUCUCACGUCCGUCUGGUGGAAUUGGCUGAAUGUAAGGACAGGCCACCGUGGAGCUUGGGCUGCGUCUCUAAAUUUGCUAACACUUGCUAACGGUAUUGUGAUCAGUUUGCACCUUUUUUGUACCAGAAUGACUCAGGCCUGAAACCCUCAGCUCCGACUCCCAAGGUCAAUGAAAACAGAUGUGAAAUGAAGAAAGAGGGAUUGAUUUUAAGGUAUUUUAAGUAAAACCAUGGGGAUUCGAUGAAAACAGCCAUGUUUCAUCGACUUACAUUCAUUGAACUAUAAUAAUAAUAAUGAUAAUAAUAAUAAUAACAACAAUAAUAAUACAGUGGUUUUAUUUAGUGCUUUUCUAGGUA